AUGAUAGAAGAAAAAGAAGAACAAAAACAAGAACAAGAAGAACAACAAUUAGAAGAAGAACAAGAAGAAGAAGAACAAGAAGAAGAAAAAGAAGAACAAGAGGAAGAAGAAGAAGAGGAAAAAGAAGAAGAAGAAGAGGAAGAGGAAGAAGAAGGAAAAACCUCUUUUACUUUUGUUGUGAAGUUAACUAUAGAAGGAAAUCAUUACAACAUACCUAUUAGGCAAUCAAUUUGA